GGCGGUGGCGCCUCCUCCACUCAGGCGUCUGCGCCCGGGACCCCCCGGCCGCGCGGGGGGACGGACCGACUGACGUACCUCGCGCGCCCCCGCCUCCGUCCCCGCCCCCGCCUCAUCUUCCCCGAGCGCCCGGGGCUCGCGGGCUGAGGCGCUUCUCUCUCUCGCCGCCCCUCGCCGCGGCCCUUUCUCUCGGCAGCACCUCGGAGUCCCUCGUCCCGGUGGCGGCGGCAGCGGGGACCCGAGCAGCGGCGAGCGGCCUCGAGGAUGAAGUGCAAGCCGAACCAGACGCGGACCUACGACCCGGAGGGGUUCAAGAAGCGGGCGGCGUGCCUGUGCUUCCGGAGCGAGCGCGAAGACGAGGUGCUGUUAGUGAGUAGCAGUCGGUACCCGGACCGCUGGAUCGUGCCGGGCGGGGGCAUGGAGCCCGAGGAGGAGCCGGGCGGUGCUGCAGUCCGCGAGGUGUACGAAGAGGCGGGAGUCAAGGGGAAGUUGGGCCGGCUCCUGGGCAUUUUCGAGCAGAACCAAGAUCGCAAGCACAGAACGUACGUGUAUGUACUGACUGUCACUGAGAUUCUGGAGGAUUGGGAAGAUUCGGUUAGCAUUGGGAGGAAGCGAGAGUGGUUCAAAGUCGAAGAUGCGAUCAAGGUUCUCCAGUGCCACAAGCCCGUGCAUGCCGAAUAUCUGCAAAAACUAAAGCUGGGCGGUUCCCCAACCAGUGGAAACUCCAUGGCCCCGUCCCCGCCAGAGAGCGAUCCCUAGUAUGUACCGCUCCUGCACAGACUCUUGCUUUCCACCUACCUGACAGUAAAUAGUGCCCGGAGCGCCCCUGGUGCCGUGUGAGGUCUCACCGGGAGGAGGGAGGCUUCUUUUGUUUUCUUGGCAGACCUCUGAAUCACGCUUGCAAACUGUCUCAGUUGCCAGGCACUGUUUUCAGACAUUUUGCACGUUUUCAGAUGCUUUCAGAAUCGCUUCUUGGUAGCACUGUAACACAUUUCGGAAAGCCAAAGCCACAUGGGAUUUUUUGGUUUGUUUGUUUGUUUGUUUGUUUUUUAUAAAGGUGCCUUAACUGCUGACCCAGUCUUUGGGGGGCGGGUGUGUGUGUGUGUGUGUACACGUGUAUACGUGUUGUGGUUUUGUUUUUUCUUUACAGUUCACACGUGUGUGUGUGUCCGUAUGUGUCUGCGUGUGUCUGUGUGCGUAUGUGCACUUUUGGUACCAGUCUUGUGGGUUUUUUGUAGUGAAGGCCUUUAAAAUCUGAUCACCUUGGUUGUAUGGCAACUUCAUUAAUUUUUUCUCUUAAGUUGUUUUCUCAUUCACAGCAUUAGCUCUUGUCAGCAAGCCCUUCUGUGAUGGGGAUUGGUUUGAAGGACCAGUGUUGAAUUUCAAAGAAGUAUUUAAGAAUUUUUUUUUUUUUGGCUGCGUUGGGUCUUCGUUGCUGCGUGCUGGCUUUCUCUGGUUGCAGCGAGCGGGGGCUACUCUUCGUUGUGGUGCACGGGCUUCUCAUUGCGGUGGCUUCUCUUGUUAUGGAGCAUGGGCUCUAGGCGUGCAGGCUUCAGUAGUUGUGGUACGCAGGCUCAGCAGUUGUGGCUCGUGGGCUCUAGAGCACAGGCUCAGUAGUUAUGUUGCAUGGGCUUAGUUGCUCCGUGGCAUGUGGGAUCUUUCUGGACCAGGGAUCAAACCUGUGUCCCCUGCAUUGGCAGGCGGAUUCUUAACCACUGCACCACCAGGGAAAUUUUACAUCAUGUGCUCUUUCCACACUGAACAAUAAUUUUAUCUUCAGAUAUGUGAUCUAAUUUGCCCUUUUCAGAAACUGCUUAAUUCAUAUGUGGAUAAUUCGAUUUUCAGAACAUUUUCACAACUGGUAGUUUUUUACUUCUUACUUGAAAUAGCCAUUUCCCAUUUAGCCCAAAUGUAGCUUAGCAAAAUAUUAUUUUAUAGAGUAAUCGCCCUCUCAGGAAGGUAUUGUUAUGUACAUAUCCUAAUAUGUACAUAUUAUGAAAACUGUAUUCCGAGUGUGAUUUAGCAUGCUUGAGUUCCAACUCCCAUUGCUCCUGUCUCAGUACCCUAGAACAACAUUCUCUCAAUACAAAUUAGUCUUUGAAUGAAAGUCCGCAUAUUUGAAUUUGUGAUAGUCCACUUAAACUUGUCUGAAUACCAGUAGCCAAAGGACUAGAAUAGUAUAUGGUAAUUACAUCCCAGUUGAGUGAGUUAGCUUUCUUGAUAUUCAGCUGCUACAGACUUCUCAAAAUGUUAGGACGCCUGGCCGAUCUCUCCUAAAGAUUUAGGAUAAAGGUUUUGUGUCACAUGACAGACUUUUUUGGGCGCCAAGUUAAAAGCGCUUAUGUUUGCUUCAGUACUUGCUUGAAAUUAGGGAUCCUAUCUAAAGUGCUUAGGUUUCUUUUGGACUACCUUUAUUCCCCUAGCCAUAGUAAGUAGGUAGAGUAAAGCCUACUUCAUGAAGUGGAUAUUGGCACUUAGAAAGAUCAUUUUUAAUUUCUAGGGCAACCUAGAAUGUGUCAUAUUUCUUAAUCAUUAUUGAUAGAUAUUUUGUGUCAGUCAACUAACUUUUGGGGGGGUCACUGUUAAUGCACUCUGUAUUAAGAAAUUUUGAAAGUUUAGAAACUUGGAAUUCUUGAUCUUUUCUCAAGAAGGUUGAGGAAAUGCCUACUUUGUGAAAAGAGUAUGGGUGGGGGAUGUCUUUCUAUAUAUAACACUUAACAUCUUAAAAAUAUUCUACAGAUCAAUAAUAAUAUAAGUGGAUAAUAACUGUAAUUUAAACACAUUUUUAUUCUAUAAAUUAACCUUUUAUAAAGAACACAAUCACUGGUAGAAUUGAAUAUCACUACGUUUUCUUUUUCAACUUCGGUGCCAAUUUUUAAAAUAAGGUCUUUGCUAUAUAGAAAUAUGUCUAAAUAAAGUACGUAUUGUAAUUGAUAAAACUAAUGUUGCCAAAGGAAUGAGUAGAGAAUGAACAGAUUUUAAAAACCAAUUAUUAUUUCAUAUUCAAAAUUAUGUAGAAUUAUCAAAUAUGUGUUUCAAAAAUAUGUUUUUGUACAGAAAGAUAUUUUAUUUUUUAAACAAACUUUCUAAAUCCCACAAGUUGACGUUUCCUAUUCUAACAAUCCAAAUCAAUGAAUGAUAUUCUCAGUAACCUGAAAUUUUUCAAAGUAUACAGUAACAGCAGUGAAAUUGGAUUAUUGUUUUAUGACCAUUUCAUAUAUAAUACUGCCUCCAUCUAAAAUGUUGCUACAAGCACCUGGGAGGUUUAACUUGUACAUGGCAUCCUUAGAGAUAAUAAUGCACCAUCUUGUUUUGACUUUUCAACUCGUAUUUGACAAAUGUGAAAAGUACAGUGUUGAUGUUAAUCAACUCUUGUUAGCCUGCAGAUAUUUGCCGUAUUUAAUUCUGAAAGAUUUGUACUGAGUUCUAUCACUUGCUAGGAUUAUCUUCAGUUCCCAGUUAUCUUCAAUUUAUGCAAUCUGUAAGACUCCUUUCAUUUCUAAAUUGCAAAAGAACAUUUUACAGUUAUCACACUUUAAGCUUUCAAAUUCACAUGGGCAGGUCUUGUUAUGCUUUUGGAGUUCAGUCAAGAAAAAGUUAAAUGAAAGAACCUAAAAAGUCUUUCAUUUUAAAAGAGAAAUCCAAAGAAUUCAGCUUAAAACAGUUGACACAGAGGUAACAAACCAAAUGGUAUCUAGUUAACCUCCAUCCUCCAAGAACUUGAUCCAUCAACAGUUGGAAUUUUCUUCCUACAGUCAUUACAUAGCACCCAUGCAUUAUUUAUAAGAUUAUUACACUAAAAAUGUACAGAUGAAUCUUUCAAUUCAUUCUCUCCAGAAAGGAAAUAGUGCAUUGAUCAAAGAUAAUUAAGACUUUCAGACAUGAGGUAGAAAUUUGUUUCCAGCAUAUUUUUUAAAGACUAGGUUUUUUCCCCCAAACUGGGCAAGUGCCUUAACAAAAGUUUUAAGAAGACAUGUUGGAGUAAAGGUAAUAUUGAUAUGUUUGAUAUAUCGUUUCCCUGGAUGCCCAAUAUAUUAUAUUUUCUAAGAAACCUGUUUUGCUGAUCAGAUCACUGUUGAAAGAAGUAACUCUGAAAGGGAUGGGGGUGGCUAUAAAUAUUUUGAAUUCUGUUGUAUGGUUUAAUUUUAAAAGAACUGUAAAUAUUUCAACAUUUUUGUGUUUAGAAACAUCAAAUAAAUAUUGGUGUAUGUGUGCUUGCACACGGGCUCACACACGUGUAAGCAACAGGAAUAGGCAGCUUCUAAAGUACUAGCAACAUUAGAGGGCCCUUCUGGGACAGAUGGGUAAGGGGUUCUGAAGCUGGAGCUGCUCCUCCCACUUCCCUUUAGGUGGAAGAAAGAGCAAUUCCUCCAUCAAUAGUUGUUAACUGGGAAAAGGAAGGUGAAAAUGCUGCUUUCAACCUAUAGUACUAACAACUGGCCAGAGUUCUCUUUUUCAGGGUUCCUUUUGUGGAAGCACCAAGCAAAACAGGAAAUAUUUUCAGCAUUGUUCUAGUAUUGUAAUCAUCUUUCUGAAUGACUGUUUGGCCUGUUAGACUAUGAACUCUUUGAGGACUAGGACUCAGCCUGCCCAUAUCCUCAGAGCCUAGAACAGUGGCUAAAAUUUGGAGACAUCUGUCAUUGAUCCACAGAUUAUAAAUGUCUACUACUAGUGUUUUCUAUAACACUGUAAUACUAGUGUAUUGAUUUCUUAGCUUUAUAUUUUAACUAGGACAAUCUGUUAUUCCUCAGGCUCUCAUGUGGCCUUAUAGUGGAACUGCAUUAGAUAAUUCACUGAAGGCUUUUCCAAUACAAAGUGGUUGAUGAACCAUAAUUCAGUAAAUAUUUGUUGACUAGAGGAAUUGAUGAACCAAUAAAACUAUUAAUGAGAUAUUUUU